CUCUCUCUCUCUCUCUCUAGGCGUUUCUCUCUCUAAAACAAGGAGGGGAACCCCGCCCUGCCGCCGCCGCCGCCACCCCUCGAGGCCUGGGUCGCCGUCUCCUCCUCCUCCUCCGCCUUCUUCAGCGAUGGCGUGCGAGAGGAGCCUGAGCAAGAAGUCGGCCUCGUUCCGCCUCCACAGCCCGAGCCUCAACUCGCUCCGCCUCCGCCGCAUCUUCGACCUCUUCGACAAGAACGGCGACGGGGUCAUCACCGCCGGCGAGCUCGGCCACGCCCUCGCCUCCCUCGGCCUCGACGCCAGCCCCGCCGAGGUCGAGUCCGCUGUCCGCUCCUUUGUGAAGCCCGGCUCCCCCGGCCUCGACUUCGACGACUUCGUCAUCCUACACCGGUCCCUCGACGAGAUCUUCCCCGCACCGUGCGAGGACGGCGAGGGCGGCGACGAAGACGCCGGCAGCAGCGGCGGCGGCGGCAGCUCCUGCUCCUCCUCGCAGGAGGAGAGCGACCUGUCGGAGGCGUUCAAGGUGUUCGACGAGGACGGCGACGGGUUCAUAUCGGCGAGGGAGCUGCAGGUGGUCCUCGGCAAGCUCGGGCUGCCGGAAGGGCAGGAGAUCGCGCGGGUGCAGCAGAUGAUCGUGUCGGUCGACCGGAACCACGACGGGCUCGUCGACUUCUUCGAGUUCAAGGACAUGAUGCGAGGCGUCAUGGCCACGAUCGUUUCGUGAUUCAAUGCACACGUUUCAGAGUAUCUGAACAUGUUCUGUCGCAUAUUUAAAUCUUGUCUUCUUUC